AUGACUCUGAUCCUGGCAGACAAGCUUUCUGCCUCUGCAGAGCCUGAGAUUGAUCAUCUACCUCCCGCUUAUGACACCGUGGCAUUGUCAACCCGUGGCAGAGACGUUCCAUCGAUACCCGCCAUCGUCACUGCUCUCACUCACCAUGAUAAGGCAGCUCCCAUUACUAGUACUGUUGUAACGGACGUGCAUGAAUUCGAGCCUCCUCGGAAUCGGCUGUGGGCAAACACGUUGCCCAGGAGCAGGAGCAACAUUGACUUUAUCACACCAGUUACACAACUUCCAAACGAUGCAGCGAUUCCACCAGUAGACGUGGACAAACCGCUCGAAGAGCGCUCACAACUUUAUUUUCGUAAAACCGUUCCCGCAGAGUUUGCAUCCUUCUCCCACCAGACUGGGAAGCGCAAGCUCACCAAGGCGCGUAGAGCAAAAUCUGGCUCAAGCUCAUGGCUUUCUUUUCUCCCAUUUUCAUCCUCCAAAACUACGAAACACAACCAUGAGUUCAUGCUUACGCUUAUUCACGACCUCAUCGUUCCUCCACCAACCAACUCUGGUAACUUGAGCCCCAAAUCCCUGCAAUUGGCUCUCGCAGAUCCACAUGAAAUCCUGGCUUCCUACGCCCAAACAUGCUCUGCGAAGAACCUGUCGCUGUCUACACUUCUUCAAGAGCCGGAUAUAGCAGGUCACACUGCCAUCUAUUGGGCUAUCGUCAACUAUCGCUCCUCCCUCCUCGAUGCUCUGCUCAAAUAUGCCUCCCCCUUAACCCCUGUGACACUCAGUGAAAUGAGGAAGGCAUGUUUGGUGGCGAGUAAUCAGCCAUUAUUUCACAACCUCAGACUUAGUGUCGGGUUGUGCGCAAGUGGGCUACGGAGUGCUACUGGUGGACUGCUUCUUGGUCAGCGCCCACCAGAUGACGUGCGUGUUGAAGAGGGCCCCGAUGGUGCUUUUGCUGCAACACUGGAUAUUGCGAUGUGGCAGAAACGUAUACGUGCAGUUGGGAGUGUGAGCGUGGAAUUUAUUGUUUCUGGUCGUAUAUUUGCACUAACCUUCUUUACCACCGAUCGUCCCCGACCCCACUCUAAGUCCACCAAAACCAAAAUAGUGGUAGGGCCCUUGCACGUCUCACUCUCCCUCCUUGAUCACAGUCUACCGACCUACGUGGAUGCAACAGUAGUCAUCAAUGAACCUCCUCCUCUUCCUUCUCUAGGGCCUUGUCCACGUUCACCAAGAAAUUCCUAUUCGCCAAGAGAACGCAUCCACAGCGCCAAUUUCUCAGGCAGAGAGACAAUGUAUGGCUUUGAGAACGAAGUGGGAUUUGGGGGUUGUGAAACGGACUUCAACUAUGAUGGACAAGCGCAAUUACCUUCUCCUUCCUCGCUCUGCCCUCCUGGCUCUUCUCAUCCUGCAUCGUUCUCAGGUGCACAUACACAGAAACAGAUGCCACCACCUCGCUUGCUCAAAAAAUUGUCCUCGUCGCGUUCCUCGCACACAUUAGCAUCUGUAUUGGAUACAAGUAAGGCCGCAGCUCUCACACCCGAGAAGCAGCUCGUGAAGCUGAAGAAUGCCUCGUUGGGAUCCAGUGGGCGUGCUCCGGUGGUGCUCCAUUUUAGUGCAGGAGAGUCUAUGCUUGCUUGUCGUACGAGGAAUGGAGGUGAGGUUCUUUCCACUGUUUCAGUCGUGAAGUGGAAAGCUUGUUUGUUGAACAAAUCUUCAUGGAUUUUGGCUGUCUAUUCAUCAUACAUAGAACAACCUGAGUCCUGA